ACGAGGGGACGGAGAGAGCAUGUGCGCUUGUAUCCACAGGGUUGCGAAUCAGAGGCAGAGGCAGAGGCAGCAUCCCUCCCUCAGACAGAGACUGUCGUCACAGACGACAGGAGGUGUCUCUUUCACAGCAGCAUCACUGACGGAGACAGCAUCAGCAGCCGGUGGUCACCGCAGCAACAAGAGUAUCUGAGGAGUUCCAGGAUUUCUUUCCAGGAUUGUAGAAGCUAAGGCUGCCUUCUCGUGCUGAGGGCUCUGUGAGGGGAACUGGGGCCAGUUUUUUUAUCCACUUCCUCCCUCGCUCCUUCUCCUCUGCUUCACUUUCUCGCAGAAGGACAGCUCUGAAUGAACCUCCUGCUCACUGUGGGGGAGUGAGGAUGAACAGACAGUGAGUGAGAGACCAGGGUAGACAUAAAAGAGUGGAAUCAGUGGGUUUGAGCGAGUGGGAAAGGGAGAUAGAGAGAAGUAAGAGAGAAGUGGGAGUGAUUGGUAGGGAAAUAGUAUGUGUGAGUGUGUGACAGUGAGUUAGUGUCAGUGCAUUUUGGAAGAUGGUGACUGAUGUGGCAAGGAUGAUCCGAGCUCAGCCGAGCCUGAAACUGUGUUACUGUCAGCUCUUUUCUUCAGGGGGGAGGAAAGGCAGACCUACACAUUGUUUCUAAUACUGAGGUGAGAAAGAGAGAAAAAGAGAGAAAGCACUCUGUGUUAGAAAGUGUUUUCUAUUCCUACUGUGGCUGGUAUGAUCAAAUCUGGUGAGUGUGGCCAUUUGUAUCUUCUGCAUGGUCUCUAUUAGCCAUCUAUAAUUGAUUCUGUGCUGUAAAUUGAAGUCGAAAACAAGGUUGAAAGAGAAUAUGAAGUGUGUGUUUAAUGAAGAGAGAAAAUAGUGAGAAAAGUGGAAAAUACAAAAAAGAGGAUGAGAGAAAUUGUGAUAUAAACAGAGAAAUUGCUCUCCCUCCUGUCUUCCCAGGUGUUGUGUCAGAUUUUCUCACACCACUAUUGGCAGAAGCAAUUUGAAGGGCCAAGUUCUCCCUUUUUAUCCUCUUCUCUUCCUCCCUGGAUCAAAAGACAUAGAAUUGACCUUCUCUGGUCACUUUUGAAGAACACAGCUAUUCUAAAAGGGAAGUGGUAAUGAGACUCUGCCAAUGUUUUUCCAACCAUUUGUGUACUUAAGAAAUUGGAGAGAAACGUUUCGGAAAUCAAGGAUGUGCCAUUCCAUCUAACGCUCUGGGAGGGAUUACAUACUUCAUGUCGUGAGGAGCAUUCGUCACUCCCUUCCUCAUAGACCACUUAUAUUCAGAGAAAAAUAAAGUUGGAAUAUCUCACUAUUUGGUGUCUACUAUAAGACGUGAUCUCCCAGAUUAAAAACGAGGCACUUCAGUGCUGGUCAAUUAAGUUCUGAAAGUAAGGCAAUGUUGGAAGUUUCCAUUCUCCACCUGGAUUGGAUUUUAUGAGAGUUCAGAGUGGACCUUCUGGCAACAUGAGGAUCUGUUCCUCUUAUACAUAGCACAAUGCACAAAUGAAUACAAACCUCUUCAUAGACAACAGCAUUCAGACCGAAAUUACCCCUGAGGACAUUGUCCCACACAUGCACACUAAACACAUGCUUCUCACACAGAUACAGUGAAAUGAACCACCCCUCUACUAUAUCGCGCACAUUUGUUUCUUUUUCUUGGAGUAUGUCAUGUGUUUCUUGGAUCUAACAGCCUAACUGUCCUUCAAUGAUUCCAGCAUCUUCCAUUUCAACCACGUCUCUCCCCGGAGCCCCGAGAUGGAUUCCUGCAGAACACAGCAAGAGGAGGCUUGACCCCAGACCCAGUGAGGUCUCACGGCUGCCCCGGCAUUUUUAAGAUGUUGAACCCUCCCUGCACGGCCCGAGCCCCAGAUUGGAUCAGUAGCACUGCGGCUCCCAGUGGCCCCAGACAUGGAUCGUGGCUCGGCUUGCCCCUGCCCUCAGCGCUCCACAAUCCGGCCCGUGAGCAGCCUGUGAAGGAUGUCCCAGAGCGGAGCUCCGGCCCGGGAACCCUCUGAGACCCCCAGUCAGAGAGAAAAGAUCCGCAGCCACAUGAAAAUGGUGAUCGAGCAGUUAGAAGGAAUUCUCAAAGAGCUGAAAGAUGUGGCACAGGAACUGCGGGAGGUGGUGGGUCAAAUCGACAAACUCACAUCAGAUUUUGACUUUGACCUGGAGUCAGACGAUUGGACGGUGGCAACAGCUAGCAGCACUUCAAGUAGCGAGCGUGGCCUGGGUGAGUCCUUCAGAUUGGACUUCCUCAGCCAGGACAUGCUCUCGGACAGCUGGGAAUUUUGCAACUUCUUGGAGGCAUCUAAUGCAGCAAACCAGAGAGCACACAGGGAGGAGGUGGAUGAAGUGCAAGGGGGGUCUUCAUUAGCCACACCUACACCUGCCACCGCCAGUGUCUACUCGCAGAUGAACGGGGGUCUCCCCAUCCUUAACGGACCUUUAAUCAUCACUCCAGACUCCUCCAGUGAAGAAGCAUCCAGCUCAACACACAGCCAGAAGAUCUCUCGCACAUCCGGGACCAGAGAGAGGGUCCGCUUCAGUGACAAGAUCCUCUACCACGCCUUGUGCUGUGAUGAUGAUGAAGAUGAAGAAGGUGCAGAGGAGGAAGAUAAAAGGGACUGUGGCACCCCAGACACGGACAGUGAACCCAGCCCGCUGGCUUAUUCACCCACGCACCCUUUGUCCUCCUCUGACCACCCGCCUGGUCUUUAUAAUUGUCGGGAAACGGCUUCUGCUGGCCCCUCACCCGUAAAGGUGCCGGUAGUGGGGUCUCACACACUACCCAGGAAAGGUCUUCUUAAUCCAGGCUGCCGGAAAAAACUGCUUAGAAACAGCAGCACACAAACAGUUUCAGACAAAAGCACUCAAACUGUACUGCCCUAUAUUCCCACCAAACAGAAGACCAAGGGCCUCUGAGAGAACACCUGAAUUUAAAUGUAAAAAAUAAUAAAAGAAUGGACUAAGAAAUAUUGAAAAUAACUAUAUACUAUUUAAUAUGAAAUGCAUAGAUAAUAGAUUAAAACAAAACAAUACAUCAGUUAUUAAAUAAAUUAUAUAUGGGAAACUUUGAAGACUUGCUACGGUCAUUUUAUGACUUAUGCAUUUGGAGGAGGAUAUCUAUUGCACAUAUUCAACAGAGUUGAGUUGAAUGAAACAGUAUGUUUUUUGUGAGGUCUUGUACUUAAAUAUUUUAUCAGAGGUUUCUUUCCUAUUGAGAGGUUCAGCUCUUUUAAGGGGUUAUUCAGUUUGACAUUAGUUUUAUUAAUGCAGAGCUGUGCAUUCUUCAACUUUCUAUUCCUCGUACUGUAGUUAAGAAACAUUUUGAACGAUGUUUUGUGUGCAUAUGACAAGAUCAAUACACUCUUGUCUCUGGUGUAUGGGCGGCUGCGAGGAAGAACACUGUGUGACUUGCCUUUGAUUUUUUUAUAAAGUAUUUGAG